CUUGAAGCGCUUUGGACUGGACGAACGCAAUCCGUUUUCACGCAACACGGUCAGUGCAUCCAAUUCAAGCUUCAAGCGACUGGGCUCAGCCUUCAAGCUUCAGGCCGCGAGCGGCACUACGUCAAAUUCAGUCCAGAGCGCGCGACGCGCGUGGACUGUGUAGAAGUUCUACCGAAGUUAGAUGCCAGCACCGCGGAAAAUCCGUGAACAUUAGUAGAAGUCCCUCGUGGGAUAUCGGCGACGCAUCUUCUAGUGAUGCACCGAGCUCUCGCUAUUCCAGAGCUCCUCCUCUCUAUAGUCAAGGAGGCCGUGAACCAACGGUCGUUCUUCGAAUGGUCGACGCUCGUCGCGUUCGCGCUCACAUGCCGCACGUUUCUCGAACCCGCGUUGGACGUCAUAUGGCGCAAGCAGAACGGGUUGGGCCACCUUGUCGAGUGCCUACCGCGAGACCUCUGGACGAUAUCGCCGGGCGAGCCUUUGGACAUCCUACUCCUCCAAGAGCCCACAAGACCCACGGUAGAACAAGAUUGGGAGCGUUUUGACUUCUACGCUCGGCGUGUCCGCGAACUACGUUGUCACCCAUCGAAGUAUCUCAUGCAUUCAUCCCGCAUCACCUCGGAACGUCUCUUCCUAUGGCUCCAUUUGUCAAGAUCAGGACAUCAGCUCCUUCCGAAUCUGACUAUUCUGACAUGGACAAGCAUGUCAUCGCUUGUGUAUUACGGCUCGGCACAUCUCUUGUUCGGUCGACAGCUCUCCGUGCUUAGCAUCGGAUCGACUGUACCCUCUACCAACUCUGGCGCCAUUGCUCACGCAUUGCUCCGCCUUCCGCCCCGCUCGCCGAACAUUCAAGAGCUGGAAGUGUAUUUUAUGGAGCAGGGCAAUUUCUUUCAGUCUACCCAACCCAUAAUCGGCGACAUCUUCACGUCAUUGCAAAGGCUGAAGUGUCUCUCAAUCCAUACGAACAUCCCCAUGCUGUACGACGACUUCGCGAAAUUGACGACUCUCCCUCAGCUCUUGGUGCUGAACCUCACAAACGGGAGUGGCCCCAUCUUGGUGGCCGGUCCGUCGAGACAAGGUCGCGAUGCAUUCCCAGACGUCACCUUCCGUACUCUUGAGACUCUUCAUCUCUCGUGCGACUUCAUGGAGAACUGCAUUGACGUGCUGUCGGUGUGUCGCUUUCCUUGCCUCAAGAGAGUAUGUCCAGUAUCCAAUAGAAUCUCGGAUGCUGUCACUCUCGGUCGCGCGCUGCAACUUGUUCACGAGCGGUGUUCGCAUACUUCCCUGGAGGCGGUCCAGGUGUACGUCGGCGAUUGGAGCAGCAUACGCACUAGCGAAGCCAUCACUAUCGCAGACAUAAAGCCGCUCUGCAAGUUCCAUCACCUUCGCAGCUUCACCAUCAUCACGGAAAUGUGCAUUGUUCUUGACGACAGAGCCGUCGAGGAACUAGCCACAUCAUGGCCCCAGCUAGAGGAUCUGCACCUGUCGAGCUUGGCCCCGUACCCUUGGCCAACUCCUACGGCGACCACGCUGGCGGGGGUAGCGCACUUCGCCCGGUAUUGCCCCCUUUUGACGACACUCGAGAUAGACGUGAACACGGCGUCUGGUACCGAUGUCUCAACUCACGCGAAGCCCGGCGAUGGCUACUGCAAUCGGAGCCUACUGAACAUUCGCUUUGGUCAAUCACCUGCUCUGGGUGACCCCGCGCAGAUUGCAGCCUUUGUCUUUGCGAUUUUCCCUACCCUCGAGCACGUCAAUGAGGACAGUAAUAGGAGGGACGAAUCUUGGGUACCGGUACAGGACGCCUUCAAAGCCUUACAUAUGGCUGCGCAGGGGCAGAGGAAUGCUUCCCCGUAGACGCAUGUGGUGGCGUACAGGUACAGAGUACAUCCUCCUGUACUUGUGCAGUACCUGCACGUA